AUGGCGCCUGGGCAUGGUGGAAAGCGGAAGCGCGGUGAACGCUCGUACUCUGGAGAUUCAACGAGCAAUGACAACCUGAGACCUUCUCCCCAUCGCCCUGGUACGUUGAAUAUGGCGCAUCACCCUCCCAACUCUGGUCACCAGUCCCCCUCUGCUCGUGAGCAGAAUGACUCGCGCGACAGAUCCCGCCGACAAUCACAUCGCAGCAGGGCUGGCUCCCGCCGCGGAUCCCAUGAUAGUCAGAAUUUUUCCAACUCACAGCACAAAGAACCGAAUGCCAUGUCUCCUCCGCCCAUCACCCAGACCAAGGAGACCAAGGAGACCGCCGAAUCCACACAACAAAACGGCGAGCUUCACCCUACUCCUUCACCCGCGCCCAAUACACCGGCCUCACAAGCGCAUCACAACCCGCCUUCUCGCGCUGGCUCAGAGCCUGUUCCCCGCGCACCUUCCGCCCCGCCGCCUCCCUACGACUACGAGUUUAUUACCGAUAUUGCCAUCCAGGAAUGGAAAUCGACUGGCAAGCAGAAUGUGGUGGACCAAGGAACGGAAGCUCGUCUACAGCAGAAUCUACCCCGACUCGCAGCUGUCUACCAGGAGCUUCUUCGUUCUGCGAUUCACGGCCGACUGUCGCCAUCAGAUGCCGGAAUUGCUGUUAAAGAGAUUAUUGGCGAAGAAACUGCCUCUCAGGAUGUGGACAUGGAAGCCAAUAGCGAAAAGGCCUCGACUGAUGAACUCGACCCGCGCUCUUUGUUCCUUGAUACCCUUUCAAUCAUGACCGAUGCCGACACCUCAAACCCUGCCCUCAAGCCGCUUGUUUUUGCGACUGGAAUCAAUCCCUCUCUUAUGCGCCUCCAGCUUGAUACCCCGUUGUUGCAGUCUUUGGGAUUAGUUCGGGAAACCUUUGCGCGCAUGGGAAUUCGCAAGCAGACCAACCUGCUUUACAGACAGUCAAACUACAACCUUCUCCGCGAAGAGUCCGAAGGAUACUCAAAACUCCUGACUGAGCUUUUCACCACAAGCAAUAACGAGCCUCCAUCGAGCGAAGUGGUCGAGGAGACAUUUGAGCGAGUGAAGGCCAUGAUUGGCGCUUUUGAUAUGGACGUUGGCCGUGUUCUGGAUGUUACCCUGGAUGUGUUUGCUGCAGUUCUCGUCAAGCAAUAUCGCUUUUUUGUGAAGCUCUUGAGAGCUAGCUCAUGGUGGCCGAAAGAGGACAUUUUCCAUAGUCUCGAUGAGGGCCGCCGACACUCUGGUAUCCCCAACUGGGCACUUCCUGGAUCAUCUGGCUGGGUCACAACAGAUGAGGAACGAACAGCUAUCAUGGAAUCAAACGAGGAGCGUGAUCAUCAGUUCUGGGACAGAGUCAGGGAAGUUGGUAUUCGCGCCUUCUUUGAGAUUGGCCGCAAACCGAUCUCAGAGGAAGAGAAACAAAAGUCUCUCGCAGAAACUAAUGGCUCAUCUUUUGAAGAGAAUGUCACACGAUCGUGGCUGGAGGAGACAGGCACGAUGCCGCCAAAGGGCAACCGGGUUGCCGCCCAGCUGCUUGGCUUUAAGCUGCGAUUCUACUCUUCUUCGGCUCGGACCAAAUCUGACGUCCUCCCUGAUAACCUGAUUUACCUCGCCGCGUUACUUAUCAAGGUGGGAUUCAUUUCCCUUCGUGAUCUCUAUGCUCACCUCUGGCGACCCGACGACUCAAUGGACACAUUGAAGAACGAGAAGCUAGCGGAAAAAGCCGAGAGAGUGAAGGCUGGCCGACCUGGCGGUGGCACAAACGCUUUGAUGAUGGCCGGUGCUUUGUCGGACGACACAGUUCCCCUUCCCCGUCUGCGCGACUCAGAACCGCGGCUGUCAACCCCUGCCAAAGAUCAAGAGAGCGAUAAGCAAGGCACAUCCAAAACAGAUGAUGACCUGCCGGAUCCCUCAGACCAGAAAGUGUUGCUUCUCAAGAGUCUUCUCGCCAUUGGAGCCAUUCCUGAAUCCCUCUUUGUGAUCAGCAAAUUCCCUUGGUUGAUGGAGGCAUACCCAGAGCUACCUGAAUUCAUUCAUCGAAUCCUCCACCACUCCUUGAACAAGAUCUACGUUCAAUUCCGGCCAUCAGUCGUUGAUGCCGACUUCCCAGGACAGCAAUAUCAAGUGACUUCUGAUCAGAACGGCUUCGCCAAGGGCCAGAUUGGACUUGCGGCUCCACCCCCGAGACGAACCUUGCGAUGGGCUCAACUGGAUAAGGAAGACACCAAUGACGGUACUGAUUAUCGGUUCUACUGGGACGACUGGGCCGACAACAUUCCCAUCUGCCAGUCCGUCGAUGAUGUUUUUGCUCUUUGUUCAUCCUUCCUCAACCUUUCUGGCCACAAGAUAGGACAAGACGCGUCCCUCCUGGCGAAGCUUGUACGAAUCGGCAAGGGGAGCUUGAUACAUGAUGGAUCUGAACAUAACAGAUCCCGUUGGUGCGACCUUUGCAAACGUCUGCUUCUGCCUGCUGUCAGUCUGACCAAGGCCAACCCCGGUGUGGUCAACGAGGUUUUCGAACUGAUAAGUUUCUUCCCCCGUGAGGUCCGAUACAACAUGUAUGCAGAGUGGUAUUCGGGACAGACAUCUCGCGUCCCUGUCAUCAAGGAAGCAUUCGACCAGGCCAGAGCAGAGACUAAAGACACCCUCAAGCGUCUCAGCAAGACGAACAUCCGACCCAUGGCCCGCGCAUUAGCCAAGAUUGCAUAUGCCAAUCCCGGAAUUGUCAUCAAUGUCGCUAUCGGUCAAAUUGAGUCUUAUGAGAACCUCAUCGAAGUUGUGGUCGAGUGUGCCCGCUAUUUCACCUAUCUCGGCUACGAUACCCUAUCCUGGGCGCUUGUCAACUCACUUGGUCAAAAGGGACGUAGUCGUGUCCAAGAGAGUGGUCUCUUGACUAGUCGCUGGUUGAACGCCUUAUCCGCAUUCGCCGGCCGCACUUACAAAAGAUACUCCAUCAUGGACCCAACACCAGUCCUUCAGUAUGUCGUUGAACAACUGCGACAGAACAAUUCGACCGAUUUGAUUGUGCUAGAGCAAUUGAUCAGCUCCAUGGCUGGAAUCAUCACAGACAACAACUUCAACGACGCUCAAAUCCAGGCCAUGGCAGGUGGAGAAGUUCUGCAAUCCCAGACCAUCCUGCAGCUUCUGGACAAGCGCCACGAGUCAAAGACUACAUCUAAGCGCUUGCUGAAGUCGUUGACUCACACUAGACUCGCUGGUCAGUUGUUGGUUGCCAUCGCUCAAGAACGGCUGACUUGUGUCUACAAAGAAACAUCCUCUGAGCUCAAAUUGCUUGGUAACAUCUUUGAUGAGAUCCAUCGCAUUCUCACACAAUACCUGGACCUCCUUCGCAGUAACUUGUCUGUUUCUGAGUUCGACUCUUUCGUACCGGACCUGUCAUCACUCAUCAAGGACUUUGGCAUCCAGCCUGAAAUCGCCUUCUGGAUUCGUCGCACUAGCAUUUCUCGCAAGAUUACCGACAUCGAAGAAGCGAAGCAGCUGGAAGCCUCGGCUGCCGAUGAUACUACGCCCAAACCCAAUGGCGACAGCAAUAUGGACACCACCGAGGAUGGAGAAGCUUCUGCCAAGCCCGAAGAGACCUCUGCAGACAACGCCAUGGAUGUUGACAAGGAUGAGUCUGAAAACCCGAACUUGACUGACGAUGCCGAUUCUACCCCCCCUCCCGCUGUGAAUGCUGAGCCCUUGGCUGCAAACCCGGUCAUGCAAGAGCUGAUUGAUGAUGUCAAAUCUUCACUGCCCGUUGAAACGUGGGAGACCAUUGGCGCUCACUUCUAUGCAACGUUCUGGCAGCUUGCCCUCUACGACGUUCACAUCCCUCAAAAAUCCUAUGAGGAUGAAAUUGACCGUCUCAAACGACGAGUGGUUACAACGAACAGUGACCGGUCUGACCCCAGCUCGGCAGGCACAGCACGAAGGGAGGCCACGAAAAAGAAUCUCACCCAGCUGCAGGAGCGUAUUCUGGAGGAAAACAAGAAUCACCUUAAGGCUUACGGACAGACUCGCUCCAGGCUACAAAAGGAAAAGGACCGCUGGUUCGCCGGUAUGCGCCUCAAGCAUGACUCUUUGAAUGUUGCUUUGUUAGAGCAAUGUUUCAUUCCUCGGCUCCUCCUCUCGCCUCUCGAUGCCUUCUUCUGUUUCAAGAUGUUGAAGUUCCUGCACAGCUCGGGAACUCCUAACUUCCGGACCGUUGGUCUUCUCGACCAGCUCUUCCGCGAGCAAAGACUUACAGCGCUCAUUUUCCUAUGUACUUCCAAGGAGGCAGACAACCUUGGUCGUUUCUUGAACGAGGUUCUACGUGAUCUCUCUAGAUGGCAUGCCGACAAGGCCGUGUAUGAGAAAGAGGCCUUUGGCACCAAGAGAGACCUUCCUGGCUUCGCUAAAAAUGUUGACCCCGAAGGUGUACCAGUCAUGUUUUUGGAGUUUGAGGACUUCCGCCGUCUCCUGUACAAGUGGCACCGGUUGUUCUCCAACGCUUUGAAGAGUUGCCUUAACGGAGGUGAAUACAUGCACAUCCGAAACGCAAUCAGCGUUCUGAAGGCCGUUGUCCAGCAUUUCCCUGCGGUGAACUGGAUCGGCCGUGAUAUGUUGAACUGUGUCAACAACUUGAGCAAAAACGAUGAGCGUGACGACGUGAAGAUUCCCGCAGCUUCGUUGAUUGGUGACCUCAACCGACGAGAGAAGAAGUGGAUGUUGCCACAAGCUUUCAACAUGGUUAAGGCCGCCGAGGCUCAGGCCCACGCCGGCUCUCAGCAACCUACACCAACACUGAAUGCCACAGCCCCUGAGUUCAACCCUACCCGAAGCUCAGACUCUGCUGCAAACCAACUUGGCAAGACUGAAGUUGAGGAUGGUGAGAUCGAGGAUGCAAAGAUGACCGAUAUUGGUGCAAAGGCAAGCGAGGAGACCAAGAUGGCUAGUACAUCCUCUCAAGCUGGAUCUACUACGCCUUCCGUGGCUGGCAUCGAUGCUCACCUGGAAGCUCCCUCUGACCAACCUCCUGUGCGCUCUCGACCAAACUCUCGGGCACCGGACUCGAGCCGUCAGCCUGAUAUUCGCUCGCAGGUCCACCCUCCCACUCGCCCUCCGCCCCGACACGACGGAAGGUUACCUCCACGCCCUGAGGGAGUGGACGACCGGCGAGACAGACAUUCCGACUUCAAUCCCCGCACUCGACAUGGACCCGUCCCUGACCGCUCAUUUGAUGGCCCUGGACGUCUUAACGAGCGUGACCGCGAUUACCCUGUCCGACCUCCUCCAGAUGAUCUCAUGCGUGGACCACCCCGCGAUGGCCGACCCUCGCGUGAGAAUGGCUGGCCUAUGGAUCGCCCGUCGCGCAUGCGUGGACCUAAUGAUUCAUUCCAUGGACGCGAUGCGCCUGGACGGGGAGAACUUUUGCCUGACCACAGUGAGCGCCCGAUUGAUGGUCCUCGUCGCGGAGAUCCAUCCAGACCGGACAAGGAUGCUCGCAGACCACCGGCUAAUCUGCCCAACCGCCCCGAGCGGCCCAUUCCCGUGGAUGAUCGCAGGGGUCCCAAUUUCCCCCAGCCUCCCCGCCACGACGAUCUCCCAAGAGGCCCCCGAAUGGACCGACAUGGCGAUGGGAAAGACUCUGGUCCAGGUCCUGACAUGAAUCAUGGUCGUCUUCGGCAGCCAGAACCCACACCUGAUAUCCCCGCUGGUCCACGAAAUCGACGUGGUGGCGGCCGCAAUGCUCCUGGACAAGCGCCUCCAAUGUCAAACAAUGGUCCACAACCCAACGCGGAACGUCCGACACCUACAGGCCCUGGUCGACAGGGUGGCCGUGAUGCUCCAGAUCAAUCAUCCGGUUCGCAGCCCGCAGGCCCAACCAAUGCUGCAGGCGUUCACCCAGACCGUCUCAGGAACCUUGUCAACGAGCCUGGAACUUCUGGUGCUCCUACAGGCCCUCGCAGCGGAGUAGGCCCUCCACAACCACCCCGCGGGCCCUCUGGACAAGGAUUCGGCGGAGACCGUGGCCGUGGUGAUAAACGCUUCGCAGGUCUGACCAAUAUGCUCCAGCAAUCUGGUGGCACCGGUGGUGACCGCGGUGCUAACCCUCCGCCUGUUCGCGGACGAGGCGGACACCGCCAGUCAAGCAGCAUGAACGCACCUCCCCCCGACAGCCUAGCAGGACCCCCGGUUGACCAGUCUGGUAACCGACCUAACGGUGGCCGGGUCGCUGACCUACUUGAUGAUCCUACCCCCGAGGCCGUUCGCUCCGGACGGACUGGCGAUCGCAACCGUGAGCCAGAUGCUGACCGCACAAAGGAUUCUGAGCGUCGUGAAGACAGCACCAACAACAACAGCAGCCGCCGUCGUGACGGCCGUGGUCGUGACCGCGAACGCAGCCGCCGCAGCGACGUAGGCGCAGCGCCAACUCGCGACGAGAAAGACCGCAACACCGAGCCUCGCGAGAACCUGCGCCGCGUUCAGAGCUCCCGCGAAGAGUUGCGCCGCCGAGACCGCCGAGACCGACCUGACGGAUCCUCAGAGAUGACUGGACCCACCCCCAGCAACAAUGCCCCUGAGGCUGAGGGUCGUCUGCGUCCUCCUUCCUCCAUGGGAGCGCCACCACCCCCACCGCCCCCUCCCCCCCCUCCGCCUGAAGGAAACGACCGCCGGUUUAACUCUGGCGGCGACCGGAAUAACCGGUCCGAGCACCGAGAUCGCGAGCGUGAGCGCCGCAGUGAUCGACGUGACCGUGAACACCGCGAAGGCGGCGGUGGCAGCGGCGGCUCUGGACACCGUAAGCGCGGUCGCCAAGGUCCUGAGGACAAUACUGGUGAAAAUGGACCCCGUGGCAUGCGCAUGGGAACCGACAACAAGCGACCUCGUCGAGGAGCGUGA